AUGGAUUCAGAGGAGGACUUCAUGUCGGCUCCCUCGAGCGACGACGAGAUCAUGCAGGAUGACAGCGGCGAGGACAUGUCUGGCCCUGAUGAUUUCGAUGAAGAUGACUUCGAAGACGAGCCCGAGGACCUGGGCAUGAUCAAGGACUCCGACAGCCGAAAGAAAGUGGCCUACGACAUCUCAUUCAAGGUCUACGAACCAAAGGAUAUCCAACGUCAACAGGAUGACAUGAUCGACGAGGUCAACAUGAUCCUGAACAUCCGCAAGGAAGACGUUGCGAUAUUGUUGCGGCACUUUAGGUGGAACAAAGAACGUUUGAUCGAGGACUACAUGGACGCUCCCAACAAGGUCUUGGAGGCUGCCGGCCUUGGCUCGAAUGUGGCCGGCCCGCCCAAGCUUGAAGCCAUUCCGGGCUUCAUGUGCGACAUCUGCUGCGAAGAUGAGGAGGGCCUCCAGACCUUCUCUCUCAAAUGCGGCCACCGAUACUGCGUGGACUGCUACCGCCAAUACCUGACUCAAAAGAUUCGCGAAGAAGGUGAGGCGGCUCGCAUCCAGUGUCCGGCCGAGGGCUGCGGCCGCAUCAUCGAUUCAAAGUCCUUGGAUCUGCUCGUUGCAUCCGAUCUCAACUCCCGAUACCAUGAGCUGCUUAACCGGACGUACGUGGAGGACAAGGAAAUCUUGAAGUGGUGCCCUGCACCAGACUGCCCCAACGCCGUGGAAUGCGCCAUUAAGAAGAAGGACUUGGACAGAAUUGUUCCCACAGUAGCAUGCGGCUGCGGCCAUCGCUUCUGCUUUGGCUGCAUUUUAACUGAUCACCAGCCUGCUCCCUGUGAGCUUGUCAAGCGAUGGUUGAAGAAGUGUGCAGACGAUUCGGAGACUGCUAACUGGAUAUCGGCUAAUACCAAGGAGUGCCCCAAGUGCAACUCGACAAUCGAGAAGAACGGCGGCUGCAACCACAUGACAUGCCGAAAGUGCAAGCACGAGUUCUGCUGGAUGUGCAUGGGCUUGUGGUCGGAGCACGGCACGAGCUGGUACAACUGCAAUCGCUUCGAGGAAAAGAGUGGUACAGAUGCGCGUGAUGCCCAGGCUAAGUCCCGCAUAUCGCUAGAGCGCUACCUGCAUUACUACAACCGAUAUGCCAACCACGAACAGUCUGCCAAGCUCGACAAGGACAUCUACCAUAAGACGGAGAAGAAGAUGGUGCAGCUUCAGACAGCCUCAGGCAUGUCUUGGAUUGAGGUUCAGUACCUAAACCAGGCCUCACAAACGCUGCAAACUUGCCGGCAGACUCUUAAGUGGACCUACGCCUUCGCAUUUUAUCUGGCGCGCAACAACUUGACCGAGAUCUUCGAAGAUAACCAAAAGGAUCUCGAGAUGGCCGUCGAGGCCUUGUCAGAGAUGUUUGAGAAGCCCGUCCAGGAGCUUUGUGACAAGAAGUUAAAGGUCGACAUAAUGGACAAGACGUCGUACUGCAAGAAGCGACGGAUCAUCUUGCUUGAAGACACUGCAGACAACCUGGCCAAUGGACGUUGGACCUUUAAUGUAGAUCUUCACGGACCUUCGCCAGCCGGGGCUACAAGCAGUCGUCGUCAGUAG